AUGGCAAAUGCAGACAGUGAGGUCAAGACGUUGCUGAAUUUUGUAAAUUUGGCGUCCAGCGACAUUAAGGCGGCCUUGGAUAAGUCAGCUCCAUGCAGACGCUCCGUGGACCACAGGAAAUAUCUGCAGAAACAACUGAAGCGUUUUUCUCAGAAGUACUCCAGAGUCCCGAGAUGCCACACGCACAGAUCUGCUGACUAUGGGUGUGCCAAACCGAUGGGGACUGUUCAGAAUAUGAAGGUCGCAGACAAGGCCAGUUCAGAUGCGCAAAAUGUGGAGAACGCGGGGAGCGCUGUGGAGCAGGUGCCUAUGAGGAAACGCCAACUACCAGCCUCUUUCUGGGAAGAACCCAAGCUGACCCAGACUAAGAGGGAGCACUCACAUUUAGUAUUGAAAAAAAGCCCCGCAGGCACAAGUGAGGGUGGAGAAAAUGAAAAGAGGAAAAGAGGUUAUGAUGAUGAUGCAAAGCCCGCAUUGUCUGCGUCCAGUCGACGCAGCUCUGUGGAAAAAGAGACGCUGAAAUUGGACCUGACGUCUCACCACUGUGUGAGUAUGUGCGGCUGCUGUCCCUUCCAGUUCCACGGACAUCAGGUCCUCCACAGUCACAUUGUUGUCCCCAAUCCACCCCUGGGACUGUGGAGUAAGGUAACAGGGACUGAGACAGAGAGACUAGAACAUCCUUAUGGACAGAAAAUUCACACACAUGUUGUGGUCAAACCCAUACCGACCAAGCCCACCAUCCAGUCACCAAUCUUCAGUGUGUUUGGGUUCAUUUAA